AUGCGGAAAGAACACAAUCCCAAACUAAGCAGUUCUUGUGCAACGACACCAGCCUGCGUUUGCCGCAGUAACGAGCAGCUCACCGGCGUCCCGCAGGACCUGCCCUCCAACAUCACCGCCCUCCUCCUGGACCAGAACUGGAUGGAAGCCGUCCACCGGGACAACUUUUCCCGCUACGGGAGCCUCGAAUACCUAGAUCUUAGCGAUAACUCGUUGUCACGCAUCGACAGUAGAACAUUCGCCAACCUGACAAACUUACGUCGGCUUGAGCUGUUCAGAAACCGCAUCAACUCCCUCGCGGUUGACGCCUUCGCGGGACUCGACAAUCUGGAGACCUUGGCUCUGAGCAUAAACUACUUCGAGAGCCUGGUCGGCACCAUGUUUGCUGGGCUGGGUAACCUGGUGAACUUGUACCUCAACGGUUGCUCGAUAUCAUCCAUCCAAGGGAACCCGUUCGCGCUACUCGGCAACCUGAAGGUCUUAAACCUUCAUCAGAACCUCCUGACCAGCCUCAGUUCGGACAUGUUUAACGGGCUCUACAGUUUAGAAACCCUCACUCUGGAUUCUAACAAAAUCACCAGCAUCGAAUCCCGCACCUUCUACCACAAUGGAAGGCUCAAACUCUUGUCAAUGUCGGAGAACAAGAUCAGCACCAUUCCGGAUGGCACCUUCGUGAAUCAGUACCAGAUCCAGUAUAUUUUAUUGUCGAAAAACAGCAUCAGCGGCGCUUUUCCAGUUGGAGCGUUCCCGACAAUUACGUGGUGGUCGUCCGUCGAGAUGGGAGAAAACCGUAUGGAGACCCUACCAGCCACAGCAUACGACAAACUGGCCUCCUUUGCAUCUGCCAUAAUCAGCGACAACCCGUGGCAGUGUGACUGUAGGAUGGCUCCCUUUAAGCAAAAGAUGAAUGGGUCUCACGCGUUUGAAAGCCAGAUCAUAUGUGCAGGGCCCGCUAGCCUUGCAGACAAAAGCUUGCUCCAAAACGUGAGCGUCGCUGAAAUGGUGUGUGCGCAGACAGCGACGUCUCCACCAGAUGCCACUCCAACAGCUAACAGUGUUCAGGGGAGCACAAGUGCUGACUCGGGCGGGUCGAGUAGCACCACACGUGGACAGCCCGAAAUGACGCAAGCCAAUGCCGGACCCGCUAUUGGCAUGUCCUCCCUGCUCGUGAUCCUUGUGGCUUUUCUGGGCAAAUUAGCCGUAGUGCCUUAUCAAUGGCAAUAA